AUGGCAACCACGACACCUGAAAAGUUGCUGGUAGUGACUUGUGAGAGCACUGAAAAGUCUACCAACGGGCUGAGCACCAUGGGCGAGAGUCAUUUGGAAGCUGAUAUGUAUUUCCUGAAGCGCGAAACGCUGUAUGAGGCGGAAAAGCCUUACGGAAUGCGAUAUUACGCUGACGGAGUUGCUCAAUCCAACAUAUGUCGCGAGAAGCACAAAAUUACCCUGAAUGACAUCCGCAAGCUUGAGGAGCCGCCGUCGGUGGGCGUGCAAGGCUUUAGCGUCAUGCCAUUGGAAUCGAGAAUGACCUAUGAAGACUUCAAUGACUAUACCAAGAUUAAAUCUGUCUAUCAUGAAGACCUCAUCUCGGCCUUGAAGAAGAAGUUGGGUGCCAAGCAUGUCUUUGUUAUGGAUAACGCGGUUCGCCGUCGCGAAGCGCACUUUCCGGUCUCUCAAGGAAAAAAUUAUGAUUGGGAUCAACCAACAGCUAUGUGUCACAUUGACUUCACCCACGAUGAAGCUGUUCGCAUGUUGACAACUCUCUACGGCAAGCAAGCAUCUGAAAUUCUGACUUCCCGUUGGCAGGUCAUUAAUGUGUGGAAGCCUCUGCGUGGCCCAGUACGAGACUGGCCUUUGGGAAUUGUUGAUUCUAGAACUGUUGAUUUCGAAACCGACACCGUCCCUUCGGAUGUUGUCUUUCCAACAUGGGUUACGGAGAACAUGCAAGUCAUGUAUAGUCCAAGCUAUCGAUGGUACUACUUGUCCGACCAGAUGCCAAACGAGGCUACCAUAUUCAAGAGUGCUGAUUCUGACGCGUCACAACCGAGUGCAUGCCCCCAUGCAGGAUUCAACAGCCCUAACACCCAAGCUGGGGAUCCGGCUCGAGAAAGUAUUGACUGCCGCGCAUUUGUGCUCUACGCAGAUCUAAAAGAGUAUCCUCAGGAGGUGGGAAAGCUCUUUGAAGGGAUCCAUGGUCAUAUGGUAUGA